GUUAACCUCUAAUGAUCUGAAGUUAGAUUACUACAAUGUGACCAUAGAACCAUAUGGUCUAAUGACUGUCACUGAAGGUUGUCCAUACAAUCUACAACAUGAGGGUGUAGGAGCUGGUCAUGGUCACCUUGAUGGAAGUUCAGGUGGAGGUCAUGGUGGAAAUGGAGGUCAAGGUGAAGGUCAACCAAUAGCCGGUGGUGCCCAUGCUUCAUUCUUAUAUCCCACCAAGUUUGGUAAGAAUGGUGGUCACUCUAAAUUUCCCCAUCUUGGUGGUGUGGGUGGAGGCAGACUUAUACCUGAAGGUUAAUCAUACACUGACUGUUGAUGGUUUUCUGACAGCGCAGGGAGGUGCUUGGAGGUCUGUGGCAGCAGGAGGGGGUAGUGGUGGAACCAUCCAUAUUGAGACCUACACCAUUGAUGGUAGUGGAGAAGUUGAUGCCUCUGGUGGAAAAGGUUAUGGAGGAAGUGUGUCUAAGCAUGGAGGUGGUGGAGGAGGUGGACGUGUCACACUAUACUACAUGUACAACUUUUUUGUUGGUGACUUUAUCAACCAUGGUGGUCCUGGUGGUGCCAGAAGUGAACCAGGUGGCCCUGGCACAGUCUAUCUUCACAAACUACCUGAACUUGUGAAUGGAACAGUUCCAUCUGACUUCAUUGACAACCGUACCCUGUACCUUAACAACAAAGAUUAUGAGCCAUUAAACCCUGCUCGUAAUCUCACUGAUACAUACCCACAAUACACAGCUGCCAGUGGUGUUGUCUGGAUAUGGCCAGGCUUAUACCCACCAUCUGUCAUUGUAGCAACACAGGUCAAUAACACAGAUGAAGAUAUUGUUCUGGAUCAUAUAAAGCUGUAUGAAAAAGCCCAGCUAGCAAUGGUGAGACCUCGACAUACAGACAAGAUUAACCUGAUUGUAGGGUACACAGAGGGGGACAGAAGUGGACAUUUACACAUAGGUUACAAUCAGACCCUCUUUAUUGGUACAGGAGCAUUGCCUAUGGAUGUAUCACUGUAUCAUGGUAGUCUGACAACCUUACAAGGUGAACUGAGAGUGGCUGGUGUUACAGUAACUGUUGAAGGAAUUAUAGGCAAUGUUGAAAACAUGACUAUUGUUGAUGGAGGUACAUUAAAGAUAAACUACAUGAUGGACCUGAAAUAUCAGCGUAUGGAUGACAUCACCUUUACUGCAUUCAGUAUCAGGAACCGAGGCUCUCUCUUUAUGAACAAUGACAUAUUCCAACACAAUAUGAUAGGCAAAAAUUUACAGGUAUUCCCUGGUGGACAAUUACAAGCUAAGAAUCUCUAUGUAAAUGUAGAUACACUCACUGUUGAUGUGAUGGGGACAUUGAAUACAGAUGGGCAAGGCUUUUGUAACAUGAUGGGACCAGGGGCAGGCAAGACUAUCUCAGGGUCAGGUACUGGAGCCAGCCAUGGGGGUGAAGCUGGAGCACAGAGUCGCACCAAUGACUCCCCUCAGUGCUACGGUAAUUUUAUCAAACCAGACAAAUUUGGCAGUGCUGGAGGGGAUGGAUCAUCUGGCAAAGGUGGUUGUGGAGGAGGAAUUCUCACACUUUAUGCUAACAAACUGCUCAAAGUUGAUGGAAGAGUAAGUGCCAAUGGUCAGGAUGGCUCGUCUCCGGGUGGGGGAGGGUCAGGUGGAAGUAUUUACAUGGCCACUGCAGAGUUAGAUGGCUCAGGAACUAUUGAAGUGAAAGGCGGAUCAGGCAGAAAUGGGGGAGCAGGUGGUAGAAUGGGUAUCUCCUAUGGUUAUGUGAACUAUGCUGGUAGUUACUUCUCAAAUGGUGGUGUUGGACAUGGCGGGGAGAAUGGGGCAGCAGGUACAGUGUUUACUAAAGAUACAGCACCAGGUGGGAAGAAAACUCUCAAGAUCUACAACAGAAAAGGAGAUGGGAAUCGUAAGACUAGAAUCACUAUACCAGAGAGUAAAACAGAAGACCAUGAUAUAGACACACUCGAUCUUGGUGACUAUGCUGAAGUUGGUCUCCUGGCAACAGAUAAUUUAGGUUAUCCAAAGGCCGGAAGGCGUGACCUUUACCUGCAGUUGGUAGAGGGUGACUAUACUGCUACAGUUCAUGUAGAAGGUGGAAUGUGGCUGAACAUUGACUUCAAUGAUUCUGCUGUCCUCUCAUUCAGUGUUGCUGUCUAUCCUGAUGGACAAAUCAACUUACCAGAUGACACCUAUGUGAAAGAUGUGACAGUAUCUGAUUAUGGAGGAACAAUCACUGGGCUAGAAACAUUCAAUAUCUCACGAGGGGGAGCUGUUAAAAUUUAUCCGCCCUCAGUUAAUGACCAACACUUUAAACAUAUUGUUUAUGACCUGAAUACGAUCAGUAUACUUGACGGGGGAGUGUUUCAGUAUUUUGGAACAGCCGAGGCGGAAGAUGUUCUGACUAUCAAUCUGGCCGGAGAUCUGAUGAUCAGAGGGGGUGGUGAGAUGAGAGCUAAUAAACUUGUACUCAAAGCUGUGAAUAUUACUAUAGAAUCAGAGGGGAUUCUAAGUGUAUCAGAGAAGGGCUAUGCAGUAGGUUCAGGGGUUGGAGCGGGCGUAGGGAAUACCAAAGGCAGCUCAGGAGGCUCUCAUGGUGGUGUAGGUGGAAAGGGAAGUAGUACAUCCUAUGCCGGACUGGCUCAUGACAGCACUCACAAACCUGAGGCUUAUGGCAGUGGUGGUGGAAGUACUGGUACAGUGACCACAGGCCGAGGUGGAGGGAUACUUAGCUUGGUGGCCAGUGGUUUUGUAGAAAUAGAUGGAGAAUUGAUGGCUGAUGGGCAAGAUGCUAGUACUACAGCAGUAGGUGGUGGUGCAGGUGGUUCCAUCUAUCUGACAGCUGGGACUUUCUCAGGUACCGGGAUAAUAUCAGCUAAUGGUGGGGCAGGUGCUUGUGUUCCUAACUGUGCCAGGUGUGAUUCAUACAGGAGGUGUAUCAAAUGUAAUGUAAACUACUAUUGGUGGAAAUAUUUGUGCUUGCAUCGUUGGAAUGUACCAGAACAAGAGGUGGCAGGUGGAGGGGGAGGUGGAGGAAGAAUUGCUGUCCACGUUGCCAAGGAAAAUACUUACCGAGGUGAUUACACAACACAUGGUGGUAAAGGGUUCUCUGAAAGUGGCGGGUCAGGUACUGUAUAUGUUCAAACACCAGUUAAGAGCACUGGAAAUAUGGAAUCAACAGUUUACAUUGACAACCACAAUUCUCUCCCAGAUAAUGUUUAUAUCAGUAAUAAGUUACAAGACAGUUGUAGGACAUACAUAAUAACAUCUGAUGGUGACACAGCCGAUGAUAUGACCUUUGACCACAUACACAUCAAAGGUGGAGGUCAUUUAGCUUUCAGGAAGGUCACCAGUACCAAUGUGAAUGUCAUAAUUAACAAGUUGCAUGGAGAUUUAAGUGGCAUGGUGCAUACAUCAGUUGACCAGAAGAUUUCUAUAAUUGACAGUGAGAGUCCGAUACCUGCUUCCUUCAGAGUCUAUGAUACUGCCAUUAUACAAUUACCUGAAGAGUUAUAUUUCACCAACUUGAAGUAUACGGACAUAUAUAUAGAUGGAGAGAUAAGUGGAGUAAAAAACUUGAGUCUUGGAAAAGGAGUGAAUUUCUUCAUUGGGGAAAAUGGAUUUACUUCAGGCUAUGACAAACUGACAUUUAGCUUUGAUCAAGUACAGAUUUAUGCAGAUGGGAGAAUGACCUCAACAUAUUUACAAGAAAGAUCACCCUCAUUAGUCCUACAUAUAAGAAACUUGCUAAAACUACAUGCUGGAGCAGUGAUUAGGGCACCUUGGGUUAAAGUGAAUGCCAGUAGUGGUGAGGUGUUGAUUGACUCAGCCAGUUUGAUAGACUCCAGUCAACAAGCUCCGACAAAACUACAACAGAACGGGGUACACACAGACACUGGGGGAGGAUCAGGUGGUGGUAAUGGUGCUGCAGGAGGUCAAGGGUCGUACCAGGACUAUGUGGGACCACCUCCAGAUUAUGGUUCUAUGUAUGAACCUACACAAUAUGGUGGAAAUGGAGGAUAUGGUGGAGGGUCCACAUCAUACCAGAGAUGUACACAAUCAUCAAGACAUAAUGGUGGUCGAGGAGGUGGAGUUAUAGAAUUAUCAGCCAGUCAUUUACUACUUGAUGGAGAUCUGAGGGUGAAUGGAGGUGAUAGUAGUGGAUUUAGAGGUGGGGGAGGUGCUGCUGGUAGUGUUUAUAUUCAGGCAUCUGAUAUAUAUGGUGAUGGUAACAUCUUCGCACAAGGUGGCUCCGCGAGAACAGGAUCAGAUCCACAAUGCCGAGGUGGAGGGGGUGCUGGUGGGCGUGUUGCCAUCUACUACAAGAAGGACACAUUCUCGGGGAGGAUCAGGGCACACGGCGGUGCCGGGUUUGAGUGUGGUGGAGCAGGAACUGUAUUGAAAUAUGAUGUUGAUAAUUCAACCAAGCAUCUUACUGUAGACAAUGAGAAUGUAUGUACACCCCUAAAUUCCCGAGUUGACUGGAGUCAGCUCACAGAAACCCAUAGAGGACAACUCAGUUUCUACACCUGGCUAUUUGAUGAACCAACAUUACAUAAUCAUGAAUUUGAUGCUGUGCAUCUAAGUGGACAAGCUCAACUAGCACUAUACAGAAAGGAUCAUACUGUUUAUGCACAGAACAUUACUGUAAGGAAGACAGAGGGAGAUAAAUCAGGAAAGUGGCAUAUUGGUCCUUACCAGACAUUUGCUGCCAGUUUACCAGAUGAUAGUCCAGAGCUACAGUUUGGCAUGUAUGUUUACAAACAUGGAAUAAUGAAUGCUGAAGAAACUCUAACAGUAUCUGGUAUAACUAUUGUGAAUGAAGGAAUCCUAAGUGGGGUCAACAAUCUUGUCAUUGGACCAAAAGGAAAGAUAAUUCUCAGGCCAGACAUCAUUGGUAGUGUACCAGUGAUUACAUUUACCUCGGUGACUGUACAGGGAGGUGGUACAUUGACUAUUGACACAAAUGGACAUGGCUUGAAGUUGGUAGGUAAAAACUUCACUAUACACAGUGGUGGUCUGGUAGAAGCAGACAAUCUACAAGUCGAGGCUGAAAUGUUGAUGUUAGAAGACUCUGCUUACAUUACAGCUGAUAAACAGGCUGUGCAUAUAGAUGGUGGCCCAGGUAAAGGGGAGAAAGGCAGAGGUGCUGGGCAUGGUGGUCAGGGAGGCAGGGGUUCAAUACAAGGUGGAGGAUUAUACUACGGUGAUAUCGUGACACCAGACUUACCAGGAAGUGAUGGUGUAUAUAAAGAUUUGACAACUGAUAUCAAAGUACAAGGUGGAGGAAUAUUAAUGUUUGACAUCACCCAAACAGCUCACAUUGAUGGUAUUAUAAGUUGUAAUGGAGAAGAUAGCAAGGGUAAAGCUGGGGGAGCCAGUGGUGGUAGUAUAAAAUUGACAACUAUAAAUUUCACAGGCAAAGGCAAACUUAAAGUAAAUGGAGGAAUUGGAUCCACAUCAACAGGUGGUGGGGCUGGAGGUAGGAUCUCAGUCAGCUACAAGUAUAAAGAGUUCACUGGCUGGUACCAGGCUUAUGGUGGUAGAUCACAGUACAGUACAGGUGGAGCAGGAACCAUCUAUGUACUGCAUGGCGACAAAUCUAAACUGAUCAUUGACAAUAAGACACCGUAUAAUUUACCAGUCAUACAAGACUACAGUACUGUAGGAAUUAAAGAUCAUGACCAUGGAAGGACAUGGAUUGUAUUUCCAAGGUCUGGUUCCCUGUAUGUAGAUCAACUGUAUCUAUACAAUGGAGCCCAUUUAGGACUGGAACCAGCCUCAGAUCCUAUAGCCAGGAAACAUGAAUUUACUACAGAAGGCUUUAGUGGUGAUGGGUUUAUAAAUGAUGCAGCAAAGCUGGGAACCAUUCAUGUGGGACCUAAUCAGUUGUUCAAAGUCAGGGCCAUUGAUCUAUACUUCCCUGCUAAUGCCAUGGUGUAUACAAAUGGGAUAUUAGAAAUGCCUCCUGUUGUAAAAUGGUUCAACUCUAACAGUGUGAUCACAGGAAUAAUAGGCGGUGUCACGGAUCUUACUUUGAUAAAGUCUAAACUAGAACUGAAGAAAACCAGUAAAACACAGGGUAGUAGAAGGGAGGGAACAUUCCAGAUGUACAGUAUCAGUGUCAUGGCAGAUGGCGUCCUUCAAGUGACUGAUGAUAUUAGUUACCAGCUUGUUAUCGACCACCUUUAUAUAGCUCCUUCUGGUCUUGUUGAAGCCAGGAACCUGUUGAUACAGGCUACAUCAGCUACUAUAGAAGAAGGAGGUGUUAUCAAUCUAAACGCGAGAGGAUAUUUGAGAGCUGGACCAGGAUAUCUAGCAAACCAUGGAGCAAGUCACAGUGGAGAAGGUGGAGGUUCAUCAAGCAGCCAUGGCAAAGCCUAUGAUAAUUUUAAGUCUCCCUCUUUACCAGGAUCAGGAGGUGAUAAUACCUAUGGGGGCGGAGUCAUUAUACUGGAUGUAUCUGGAACAGCUGACAUACAAGGGGAAAUCAAAGCUGAGUAUGUUGUUCUUCUUGUAUAG